AUGCCCAGUCUUGAUCCGACGGCUGAAGAUACAACCAAGGAAGAACAAUUGAUCCGCUGUAAAACCAUUCAGGGACUCGGUUUUUGCAACAUCUUCGUGACUCGCGACAUACCGCUCGAGAAAUACGGAGGUACGAAUGAAAUCGUCACUGAACUUCAUCGCAGGCUCGAGAAAUGGACCGCCAGAAGCAAUAGCCUAAAGGAUCAGCGUCGACUAUUUGACCAAAUUUCAACCAUAAUCGAGCAGUUGCAAUUCAAAGGCCAGGAUCUGAACAAUCCGUGGCUUAUGAACAAAACUCUAUCGAAAUUCUCCGAGAACAUCCAGAGGAGCUUACUGAAAGAAAAGGUUUCGGUAGGACAAGACAUUUGGACUCUUCAAAGGCAGAUGGAGUGCCUCGAUGUCAUCAUCAAGCAAGAGGAAUAA